UCAGGAAAGCCCAUGGGGAAUACACCAACAAAGCUGAACGGCGCGACCGUAUGCGACUACGGCAACAUGUCGCCAAACGGAAUAUACCCAGAGGACGCCCAGGACUUUGACGUCAAGAUUGUCCAGAAGCUGAUCCUUGGCCGCCAGCUGGCGCCGUUCUACGUCGGUGCCGAUGAC